GUGGAUAUGUACGCCAAAUACAAUGCCUCCACGCAAGGAGGUCAGGUUGAACAUCUGUGCCCACCGGCAAGCAUGUCGUCCAACGGAGGCGCCGCCAUGUACGAGGUUGCCGACAAAAUUCCCCCUAGGCGUCAGUACUUUCGAGAGAAGCAGCGUGAGUAUCGUCGCAAGAGGAUUGCUGACGGAGACGCUUUCAAAGCACAGUGCGUGCACCUUCAGUCGAUCCUUGCCCGACUUCAAACAGGGAGGCCGUCGUCCAUGGUGCCGCGCGACGCAAGCGAUGGUCCGUUAUCCUGGCAUUCCAUUGCCAUAGUGUUCAAAAGUGAAGCCCACCGGGUCUUGAAGGACCACCAGUCACUGAUUACUCAAACACAAGAGUAUCAAUCCCUCACGCAGGCCAUGCAACGCUUUGUCAUGAUGAACAUUUCGCCGCCCAUGUCCCGCAGCAAUGCGUGGCAGAAUGCGACAUUGGCGGCCGACCCGAGUGCUCGAAACCUGGGCAAGGAGUGGCUCACGCAGCAAAUGUACCACAAUAUACACGAGCCGUUCGCGCUGCUUCCAGCCGUGAGCUAUGACGACGAGUUUUUCGAUAUCGACGUGCAAAUGACGGACGACGGUGACCCGUUCAUGCGCAUGGAACGGGUGCAGUUCACGUGGCCAGGCACGGUGCAAAUGUUUCGACGCCUGAUCGAGUCCAACAUGCGCGCGGUGCUCAUCCCCAAUUAUUUCGAAAUGGUGGUGGAAGAGACCACAGCCAACACGCGGUUGGUUCACACGACCACACCCAAUGGCAUGUUUAUGAACACGCUCCAAGGACGCUUCGUCGAAGCCGACCGGUUCGUCAUGGUCAUCCGGGAAGUCGAAGUGGAUGAAGUUUACAUGUGUGACCCCCAGCACAAGCAGCGGCACUUAAUGUCGUGGACCGAGGUGCGGCAGAUAUCGCCAUCACAUGUCUUGCUGCGCAUAGUCAGCCUUGCGUCGCACUUAUUUCGAGCCAACGGCGGGUUUGUAAGUGUGGACGAGUACGCGGUGACGAGGGGCAUCGAUCUGACGGGCAUCGGCGACAAGGAGGCGUACGUGCGGCGUGAACUGAUCCGACGGGGGAAGGCGGACUUCGUGCCGUGGAGACAACAUAUAAUGGACACGAUGCACGAGACCGCGAUAAGCUAAUUGUAUUCCGUCGUUUACUUGGAA